AUGGGCUUCAUCAAGUCACUCUUCGUGUCUUCAGAGAUCAACCCCAGUAACCGAAAAGCAAGGACGAUACCAGUUCUCAACCCAUUUGACCAGUAUGGUCGGGUGUUUUUCUUCUCAUGGCUCGGGUUCAUGGUUGCAUUCCUCUCAUGGUAUGCAUUUCCACCUCUGUUGACGGUCACUAUCCGGAAUGAUCUCCACAUGACCCAGCAGCAAGUCGCAAACUCGAACAUUGUUGCUCUACUUGCCACGUUCCUUGUUCGUUUCAUUGCUGGACCGCUCUGCGACCGAUUCGGCCCUCGCCUUGUCUUUAUCGGACUGCUGCUUUGCGGUUCUAUCCCGACUGCAAUGGCAGGUCUAGUGACCAACCCUAAUGGUCUGAUUGCGCUGCGCUUCUUUAUCGGUAUUCUCGGAGGCACUUUCGUCCCUUGUCAAGUCUGGUGCACCGGUUUCUUUGACAAGAAUAUCAUCGGAACUGCCAAUUCCUUGGCCGCGGGCUGGGGCAAUGCUGGAGGUGGCAUCACCUACUUCCUUAUGCCUGCCAUAUUCGAUUCCCUUGUUCACUCCCGGGGCCUUGCCCCCCACAAAGCAUGGCGCGUUGCCUACGUCGUCCCGUUCUGCAUCAUUGUCGUGCUGGCUCUGUGCAUGCUGCUCACCUGCGAGGAUACCCCGACUGGUAAAUGGUCGGAGCGCCAUAUCUGGAUGAAGGAGAGCGCUGAGUCGGAUGGCAACAUCAUCAGCCUCGACUCUGGUAGUCCUUCUGUUCGCCCCUCUGGCCCACCAUCGAUCAAUCUUCCCACCCCUCCAACAGAGAAGAAAGGUGUUCAAACGCCUCAGGUUGUCGACCCCGAGGCCCAGGCAGUGGGCGAAGUUGAUGUCCUCAGGACAGACGCAGUGGUCUCCCCCAGCCGCCGGGAAAUUCUAAACGUCCUCCUCAGCCUCUCCACCGCUGCCGUCGCCAUCCCGUAUGCCUGCUCCUUUGGAUCCGAGCUCGCGAUCAAUUCCAUCUUGGGCGAGUUCUAUUCCGACAACUUCCCCCACCUGGGACAAACCGAGUCCGGCCGCUGGGCGGCCAUGUUUGGCCUUCUCAACGUCGUCUUCCGUCCUGCGGGCGGGUUCAUCGCCGACAUGCUGUACAAUCACACGCAGGCCGUGUGGUCGAAGAAGCUGUUCAUGUCCUUUCUCGGUAUCGUGAUGGGCGCCUUCCUUCUGGCCCUGGGCCUCACGGACCCCAAAUCCGAAGCUACCAUGUUCGGCCUGACCGCUGGCCUGGCUUUCUUCCUGGAGGCAUGCAACGGCGCCAACUUUGCUGUUGUGCCCCAUGUCCAUCCCUUUGCAAAUGGAGUCGUCUCCGGUGCUGUAGGCGGUAUGGGCAACUUCGGCGGAAUCAUCUUUGCCAUCAUCUUCCGGUACAACGGCACUCAUUAUGCCCGGUCCCUCUGGAUCAUCGGCGUGAUCUCCAUCGCAGCCAACCUGGCCGUGGCGUGGAUCCGACCCGUACCGAAAUCCCAGAUGCAGCGGCAAUGA